GAGCCAGGUCGUUUUGAUGGAUUUCAACGACAUGAACAUGAGGUCUGGACGGAGAACCGGCUGGGGUUGUGCGUGGGCGGUGGCAGCGAGCUUAUGCGUCAGAACGGGGGCAUUUUUUUCUACGCCCCCCCACAGCAGGAGCAGGUGGGGUCGGGCAACUACAGAGCUGAACGGGGUGCGAGAGUGGAAGCAGGGGCAGCCUGGAGACCUCAGAGAGAUCGGCCUCCUUCCGUUCCCGAUCGAUGACGUCAUGUGUCCCGGAGAGACCAAGGCGUUGCACCUAUACGAGGCGCGCUUCCUGUCGUUGUUCGAGAACGCGAUCAAGAACCACGGGGGGUGUGUAGGGGGGGCGAUCUUCGUAGAUGACGGCGUGUUGGUGAGGGUCGGACAGCUGUGCGACAUCGUGGCGUGGGAGCGUGAAGAGGUUGGGGUGUCAGUAGCCCUGCGGUGCAUCGGGCGGUGUGAGAUAGGCGACGUGACGAACGUAGACCCUUACAUCCGCGCGAACGUCCGCGAGGUUCGAGACGUGGUCGGCAUGGACGAGCCGGACGAGGAGGGGGAGGACAACGGCGUCGUUUCCUCCGAUGUGUUCAGCCUCCACCGACAGUGCGUGGAACUAGAGGGGAAGAUGGCGACAGCAGCCGGGGGUAACGUGGGGUGGGAAGACGAAGGCGGGAGGGGGCCGUCGCCUUCUCGACGAAUAGUCGCUGACAACAACGGCGACGACGACGACGACGAUGAUGAUGAUGAUGAGCUGUUUGAUAACGUCACGGGAAGCGCGGAGGAAUUCGAAGGAGCGGGGAGCGCUAGCGGCGCCGAGGUUGACGAUCUCAUGGAGAGAUUCCAGCGAGGCGGCGGCGAGCUGGACCUAAGCCAGCUGGGCGGCGGUAGCAGCAACGGGGAUUACGAAAGGCAAAUAUCUGUGUCGAUAGCGGGGGCGGCGGAGGACAUUGCCGCCGGGUGGCAGGCGGAGGACGAUGAGGAAGAGGAUGAGGAGGGAGAGGAGGAGGAGGAGGAUAAGGAGAGCGGGAAAGCAAAGGGGCUGGGGGACUUGCUGUGGGGGCAUGAGGCAUACGAGAGCGACGGCUUCGACUCCAGCCUAGAGGACCAGGUCGAAGCCAUGUACGAUUGUCUGAAGGCGCACCUUACCGUGAGCCUGGAGGAGAACAGAGGCGGGGCAGACGCGGCCGCUUUCGGCGCCACCGCCAAGAAGACGGGCGGGGACCGACCGUGGGGAGCCGCUAGCGGCCCCAAAACCAUCGCCGACGUGGUCGCAGCAGCGGCAGCGGCCGCUGGGUCGUCAGGCGGGGAGAUGCCCUCCUCUGACGAGGGGGACGGGGAGGGGCAGUACCUGUGGGGGUGUACCUCGCCGCAGGAGGAGCGGGAGCAGCUCGUGUCGUUCGCGUCCCUCGGGUGCUUUGAUCCGAGUGCCCGCCUGCAGUCACUGAUGCUCAUGUCGACCGGAGAAAGGCUGCGGAUGGCAAGAGACGCAUUAGCCGAACGUCUCAAGGUGCUGGUGGCUAAAAGUGCUCUCAGCCAACUAGGAGACUGAUGCCUCGAGAGUUCCGUACUGGCGAUCGGUUGACUCUCUCCCAUCGUGUUGGGAAAGUGUAACCCUCCACAGGACAACCCGCUUGAUGUAAGCGUUUGGAGAUUCUCCGGCCAGGCUUCAUCGUCCUGGAUGUAGCGGCCCAACGAGCAAGGCCACGCCGCUGUAUACAUCACAUUUUCCUUGUCUAGGGGGAGGUGUUUGUUAGUGUUGUGGUGGGGUCCUCUUGCGCAGGUUGGUAUUUUACUCUGUUGGUGUGGCCGGGGGGACAAGUUCCGAAAAAUGAGUCAGUGAUUCUCGUGCAUUCCAAGAGCGACGGAGAGUCUCACUCUCUCUCUCGGGGCUUGCUUCUUGGACGGAUUUUUGUAAAUUGCAGGGAUGUGUGUGGUGUGUGACGGUUGGGGUGUGAGACGCGGAGAGGGCGGAAGUUAUUUAACUUUUUUUUUUCUGGAAUGGUACGACCACAUGCGACUGCGCAUCUCUUGGUUUCACUGACCUCUCUGCGGCGUGUUGUACAGCAGAAAACGCCCGGGACGGUUUUGAUAGGCACAUGCAACUCGCGGCAUUGCUUUGCAGCUGACUAUUUAAGAAAUACGGCUACGAUACACAACUACCAAGAGAUAACAAACUUUGUCCUGACCCUUGAGAGUCGACAUCGCUGGUUUGAAUUGAUUGCCUUGUAUGAAGUUGAUCGAAGCUGGGCUCGCAACUGGUCGAGGAGGCAUACCCGGCAGGAAGUGGCUUUCAGCAGAAGCUCGUCUUCGAAGCGACGGCUGUGAGAGCUUGAGAAAUUUGACCGGAGACUAAGGCAAGUUGUGCCAUGGGCACACCACCACGCCUUUGCCUUCAUU